CUACACUACGGAAAGGAACCCUAGCUGAACAGAAUUCCUCUCUCUCCCAUUACCCAGAGAUGGCGAAGUCGAAGAAUCACACGGCGCAUAACCAGUCGGCCAAAGCUCAUAAGAACGGAAUCAAGAAGCCAAGGAGGCACCGUCACACCUCUACCAAAGGAAUGGAUCCUAAGUUCCUGAGGAACCAGAGGUACGCAAGGAAGCACAACGUCAAGAGCGGCGAGGAUGCCGGCGUUGAAGCAUAGAUCUUAUGAUCGUCUGAGCGAGAGAGAAAGACAUUUUAAAGGUUUUUAUGAGAUUGACGACUUUUUGUAAUAGACAAAGUAACCAGUUUAAUAUAUCUACAUUCAGAUUCUCUUUUUUUGCGAGUAAGUUGAUUUGAUGCUAUUCUUUCUCUUGUUCGUAUUUGUAGACCUGAUAAUCUGGAUUUAAACAUUUCGGAUCUGAUCUGGUUUUAUUCAACAUUUCCUAUAGCUCUUAUAGGUUCUGGUUUUCAUGAA